AUGGCCGACAAAUGUCUUGAUGAUAUCGAGGCCACUCAGAUUGACUCCAACUUUGAUGAGAUCACUGAAAGCUUCGAUGACAUGGCCCUUGAGAGUAAUCUUCUGCGCGGAGUCUAUGCAUAUGGCUUUGAGAAUCCUCAUGCUAUCCAGAAGCGUGCUAUUAUGCCUAUGAUUAAAGGUCACGAUGUCAUUGUACAAUCGCAAUCUAAAACUGGAAAGACUACUGCUUUCUGUAUCUCUAUUCUCCAGAGGAUCGACCCCAGCGUGAAGGCUUGUCAGGCUCUAGUCCUUGCACCGUCGCGGGAAGUGGCGCAGGAGAUUCAUAAAGUCAUAUGCGAUAUCAGUGACUUUAUGAAUAUACACUUAUACGCCUGUGUAGGCCCGGCCAGCUUAAGAGAACAUACGGAGGUGCUCAAGGAAGGCCCGCAAGUCGUCGUCGGCACCCCCGGCCGUAUCCAAGAUAUGAUCGAGCGCGAUAUCCUUCGCAUUGAUAAUACGAACAUGUUUGUGCUGGAUGAGGCUGAUGAAAUUCUGUCUCGCGGUUUCGAUGAGCAGGUCGAGAAUGUCUUCUCCCGCUUACCACAGUCCACUCAAAUCAUUCUCACCUCUGCUACUAUACCGGAAGAUGUCCAGGCGAUUAUGACCAAGUUCAUGCGCAAGUUCGUCCGUAUUACCGUCAAGUCUGAGCCCAUCCUCGAGGGCAUUAAGCAAUUCUAUAUCGCUGCCGAGAAUGAAGAUUCUAAGCUAGAUGUGCUUUCUCAGAUCUAUCCGACUAUGGAGAUGUUCCAAACUAUCAUCUUUUGCAGUACUCGCAAAAAGCUUGAAUGGCUUACUGAUAAGCUUACUGCUCGCGACCUUGCUGUUUCCUCUAUGCAUGGCGAUAUGGAUGCGGUCCAGCGCUGUAAGAUUAUGGAGGAGUUCCGCUCUGGCUCUUCUCGUAUCCUUAUGGCUACUGAUCUCCUCGCCCGUGGCAUUGAUGUUCAACAGAUAUCACUUGUUGUCAACUUCGACCUUCCAUCACAACCCGACAAAUAUAGGUACCGUGUUGGGUGGGGCGGCAGAUCGGGCAGGAAGGGCGUGGCUAUCAACUUGGCUACCCCUGACGAUAUGUCCACGAUGCGUGAGAUUGAGCAGUUCUACAGUACUCACAUUGAGGUAUUGCCCGAGAACGAGGUCGGAUAUUUAGAGAAUCUUGUAUUAAAGUCUAGCCAGAGUUAA